AUGGCCUUCCUACUGGAAGGAUCAGUUGCUGAACUUCUUCUUCUUCUCCUAUUUACCACGGUGAAGACGUGCCAUCUCGGGUGCCGAUGUGUGGAGCAGAGUUUCGGAUUGUUCGACAGCUUCAGCCUGACCAGAGUGGACUGCAGUGGACUUGGGCCAAACAUAAUUCCGGUUGCAAUCCCUGUAGAAACGUCUUCGCUGGAUCUUUCCUCAAAUGGCAUCCGUUCUAUCGAUGGUGCUGUCCUCUCUGGACCUGGAUACACCACCCUGUCUAAUCUCAACUUGAGCAACAAUCUUAUCUCUGUCAUGAACGGAAGCGUUUUCUCCAAAUUGUGCUAUCUGGAGACGCUAGAUCUGAGCUGGAACUCAAUCGAGAACCUUGUGGAAGGUUUUUCAGGCCUGCCUCUCGCCAAGGUAGAUCUGAGCCACAACCGGAUUCAUGAAAUCCACCUGAAUGUAUUUCGAGUUCAGGAUCAUGGUAGGCCUCUCAGUGUGGAUCUGUCUUACAACUUACUGAAAUCUGUUACCAGUAAACUUUCACAACCUCUUAACAUACAGAGCCUUAACUUAGCAGGAAAUGAGCUCACGUCUGUGCCAAACCUGCAGGACAUCUCUUUACGGUUCCUCACCCUGGAUGAAAACCCAAUAUCUGUCAUCGAUGAACUGAGUUUCAUUGGAUUUAAAUAUCUCCUCCAUCUUUCUCUCAGCUCAAUGCCUGACUUACACACCAUCAAACCUCAAAGUUUACAAAACCUUCGAAAUCUCCAGGUGCUUGACCUUUCGAAUAACAAACGACUAAAGACAUUGGGCACAGAGGUUUUUCACGGACUUAUAUCACUGCAGGAGCUUGAUUUGUCAAACUGCUGGCUCACGUCUUUGCCGGCCAACGUCCUCGAGCUCCUCCCGAGCAUUAAGAGCAUUGCCCUGAGGGAAGGAGUGCACUGUUGGAGGAUCCAGAAGCAGGAACAAUUUCACAGACUCGUCGGAUGGAGUAAAGCCGAGGCAGCUCUGACCUGCGAUGUGACUGGUGUCAUUUUGUGA